AUGGUCUUCAGAAGCCUGUCACGCCAUGAUCUUACUGCCCCACCCCCAGACGUGGUGACCAAGAUGAAGAUGCAGAGGACCAUUGUCAUCCACCCACACUGUCUCCACUACAUCCGCAAAUACAAUCGCUUUGAGAAAUACCACAAGAACAUGUCGGUGCACCUGUCCCCCUGCUUCAGGGAUGUCCAGAUUGGUGACAUCGUCACAGUAGGUGAAGGCAGGCCCCUGAACAAGAUAGUAGGCUUCAACGUGCUUAAGGUCACCAAGGCCGCCGGCACCAAGAAGCAGUUCUGGAAGUUCUAA